GUAAUCACAACUCGCUCCUCGCUGCACGCACCCACAGCAUACGUUUGAUACACGCACCCACAGCAUAUGCUUCUACCCUGAGCGAGCGGAGUCGCGGGUACUUUGCUCAAACCUUAAGAUUUUUCCGGGCGACGAGACUGCGCAACAUGCAGCUGACCAGCUGCCUCGGCGGCACGUCGUCGCGCCUGGUCUCGCGCCGUGCGGUCGCGCCUGCGACUGUGCGCGUUCCUGCGCCCAAGAUGCUGGGCCCCCACAUCCCCAAGCUGCCUUCGGCUCGCGGCAUGCGCGCCGCUUGCCGGGCGCAGUUUUCAGACGAGGUUAUGCUCGGCGCCCUGGUUUAUUGGGGCGCGGUUGUGCCCUACACGCUGCUGUCCAGCAUCACCACGUCCAUCAAGGGGGAACUUGCCGUCCUCAAGAAGGACAUCGCGGCGGACAGCAAGGCUGCGGAUGACCGCUGGGCGGUCGCUGAGGCCCGGUGGUACGCGCUUGCCCAGCGCGUUGCGGCGCUGGAGGUGUUGGCGACCGGAAAGCUGCCGGUGACUAAGGCCCCAGGCGACGGCUGAGGGGGCUACGCGGCGUGAGCCCCAAGGCUUACAAGCGGAUAAUAGAAUUAAGGUGGCCUGCUGGUCAAGGCUGCACUUGCUCGAUGCUGCAGCCAGAUGGCGCUGGCCAGCCGUGCUGGCGCGGCAUUGGUUGGUCCUUGAGGUCGUUGAAGCGUUGGUGGCUUUGGUUCUCGUGGGUAGUGCAUGCGCCGUGCUGUGCGCUUGGAGGGGCUCAGCCCCUUUUCCCGUGACCGGGAAACACUUGUCCGGUUGGCUCGCCCCCCAAAGGGCACUGGCCUAGCAGCACAUUGAGAACCUCGAGUACGGUCCUUUUCCGGUUUUCCCCAACCUCUGGGCAAUGGCCCAAACACGCUGUUGCCCUUUCAGGAGACUCACUGGCAGCACUAAGUCCGGCACGGCUGGAGGGAAGCUGAUAGCAGCAGCGCUCGCAGCCUGCACAGGUUCGAGGGUUACAAAACGGUAAUUUGGUCCCUCUCUGGGCCUGCGUGCGUGCCACAGCUUGUAGCACAGCACACUGCGACGCACUGCGCAGCCAGCAGCGCACUGCGUGAGUCCAACGCCACUGCGCACGUGCAGUAGGUCAAAUGACCUUGUACCAGUGUGUGCUGCUAUUUGUCAUUGCAAACGGUGCGUUGGGGCAUCCAUGGCCAGGGGCGCUGGGGUGAGGUGGGGUUGGGGAAAUGUGGGUGGUGCCGUGGGGGAGAGGGGCGUGGCUGGGGCUGACCAUGGAUCCAGGUUGGAAUCGUUCAUUUGUGCGUGCCGUUCCCGGGUUGACGAGGGUGCGGGGCUGAGCUGCGGGCAUGCGGGGGGAACUCCGCGCGACCUCGCAAUUUCACAGGGUGUUGGCCCAGCCACUAAUAGUACA